AUGGAAGACCCACACCCAAAUACCACCACAAUUCCUGCCUCCACCGCUGCGAGCCAACCGACUCCACAACCCGAUGCGAUACCUUCACCCUCACCACCCUCACAGCCUACAUUCCUGCGAAGAUUGCAGUUUCUUCUCCUAAAAUACCUCGCCAAGACCGCCGGCACCACAGACCGCACGCUCGUCCGCCUCGCAAAACUCCUCUCUACCCCAAACGGCACCGACGUCCUUCUCUGCACAACAUCCUAUACCUUGACUCUCGUACAUGCCAUCCUCUCCCGCGUCCUUGAACGACGUCUCGCGUCUAUAGCCACAGAGAUAGCCGAGAAAGCAGAGGGUGUCUUGCUCCCUGGCGAAACUCUUAUAGCCACCCUCCCAGCACCCACCAGCACAAAAGUCAUCGCCCAGGUCGUCGGAAGUUCGAAAGCUCUUUCCGAUGUUAUAUCAGACUUCAGGAUAUUUGUGAGGCUGUGGGGAGUGCUGGGACUGUAUACCUGGGCCCGAGACACCUAUCGGGACCCAUUACCACAAGGUGCCAGCAGGAAAGAGAAGAUACUGAGGGUGUUGACGUGGUCGGCUAUAACAUCGUGUGUUGGUUUCCAAGUCCUAGAAAACGGCGCAUAUCUUAGCUCAAAAGGAGCUUUGACGACAGCGAGCUGGACGGGAGAUGUGGGUAAAGCACGAGAGAACACAUGGUGGCUGUGGAGUUCGAGGUUCUGGGCCGCAUAUGUCGGCGGUGACGGGGAGAAAGAGGAUAAGAUCCAGGCGGAAGAGCGGAUGAGAGCGCAGAAACUGGAGAACUGGCUUUGGUGGAAAGACCUCGCAUCCAACCUGGCAUAUGCGCCCAUGACUGUCCACUGGUCGAUGGAAAAAGGACUGUUGAGUGACUGGGGUGUUGGGGCUUGUGGCAUGGUUGCUGGUGGAGCAAACUUGGCUGAUGCAUGGAGGAGGAGUGCGUGA